UUCAUCACAAGCUAACUUCAUUUCGUCCAGUGCUGAGGGAAAAAUGGCAUAAAAUGCAUGGGAAAAAAUGUAUAAUUGUUAUAUCUUCGUAAUAAAUAAAAUCUAAUUACUAAAUAAAUCAUUAGUGAAAAAGUUAUUUUUGACGAAGAUAUUAACAAAAUACGGUUUGGAUCAUCAACCAAUGGCAGUCGUCUAAUUUUCCCGCGUAAGCGAUGGUACAUUUGAAUGUCAUAGAAUCGCUUACUCUGCCGUACAAAAUAAAAAGAUACGUAAUUAACACUGCCGCUUAGGUUUCUUCUCGUAAACUUGGUAAUGAAAAAGCCGCCCUAAGCGGCAAUGUCACUUAUGUAUGUUUUUAGUUUGCACGGCAGUACUAUUAUCCAGAAAGGUCCUCUCAUCUGGCUGUGACGUUAAAAAAUUUUCGAACCUGAUACGGAAGACAGCAAGGAAUAUCGAGAUGUGUAUCAAGAAUAUAAAAAUCUGGUGGAUUUACUACUUGGGUGUUACAUGGAAGACAUGGGAAUAACUCCUGAGCAAUUUGAACGAGCCUGUGCAGUAAACAGAAACACGAGAAUUCCUAUUCAGUUUCAACAAGCUGCUUUACAGAGUUUGUUCGAGCAAAUCUGGGCGGCGAACGAAUUCGAAAUAUUCAAGAGGAUGAUGAUUCAGAAGAAUUUAGAACUUCAAUUGCAAGCCUUGAACAUGAUUGAACAAAAAUAUGGCCUCACGCCUGCUUCUUUAACUUGCGGAAAUGACAAUUUACCAGAUGAAGAAUUAGUCAUGGAGCAAAUUCUCAACAAACCUGUCCUCAGAAAAGAGACAGAAGAAGAUUCAGAAUCAGAGGGAGAAAUGCCUUCCAAAGAAGAACGAGAACGUUUAACCCAGGAGUAUCACAAUGAACGUGUUCUUUUAGAAAAAGCUCUGGAAACUUCUCAUAAUUCUUCUUCAAAUACGAGUCCUGAACAAGAGGAAUCUACAUCAUUUGUAGAACAUCUACCUGAAACUUUGGUGGAUGAAAUAAAAAUUCCUGAAAAUCGAUCCUCGAUAACGAUUGAUGCGAAAUCUAAAGAAUCAAGAAAUCGCGAAAUCGAGAUUCUAGAAAAACGAGUCCAGAUUCCGAUUAAUCCGGUAUCCACAGAACCUUCUGAAAGCAAACAUAAUGAGGAAAGCAUAAGGGAAGAAGAUGUGAAAAAGAGGCAAGAUUACUUAAAAGCUCAACGUGAUAAGCUGGUAGUUUUGAAAAAACAGGCUCGAAGUCAAAGGCUCGAAAAAAAUUUCACUCGUCCGAGUUCUGCUAGAGUUGCUGCUGAAGCAGCUAUGAAAGGAGGAAACGACCUGAAUCUUCCGCAGCCAAUGGAGCCUUCGAUUCUUCAAGUUCGAAGAGCUCUUGCUGCAAGACUCAAAGCCGAAGUCGUGAACAAAUAAAUUUAAUACUUAUUAUAUGUUUUAAGUUCAGAGAUGGAUAAGUAUUUCAAGUUCCUAAACUCAGCAGUUUUAAAUUUAAAGAUUUCAAAAUAAAAUAAUUUCCAGUUUGAGGCAAUCGAAACGAAAAAAUUUCAAUUUGAAACAAUGCCAAUUUUAAGCUCAUUAUUGUAUAAAAUCGAACACUUUCAAAAUUAAACAAAUUCCAAAUAAAAAAAUGUUCUAAAUGUACAAUUCCAGAGUAAAUCCAUAUAAAUUUAAUAAUUAUAUUUCGAGGAAAGAGUCGGGUAGUACCAGCUACUUGAGCCUUUUUAUUACCAAUAAGUCUAAGCCAGUAUAGAUGGAAAUGGCAAUAUAAAUUGUUAAUUUACAAACAACUCAGAGCAGAUAUUCAAAGAAUAAUCUUGAUAGAUGUUAGCCCUAGUAAUCGCUAAAAUCGUAUUAUUUUAACAUUUUAUCACGUUUAUAUCAUUGAAGAGCAGGUGAUCUGUUUUUUCAAUGAAAACUUGAAAAUUGUAUACACUAGAAGAAAAAUACUCACAGAAAACUAAAAAUUCCAGAUGGAAGGAGAAGCACUGAAAACUGUUCAAGUAUUUAACUAUGAACAUUUUCCAUUUUAAAUUGUGCAAGAUUAAGCGACUGACAUUGUCUCAUUCAUAAAUUUUUAAUCUAAAAUUAUUAAAUUUUGAAUAUUGCAAAAUGUACAUUUUUGAACAAUCCAGACAA